CUGGGAAUGAUAUCUUUUUGAUGAUGUUAAAAAGUAUCUUGGAGCUGAGGUGAUACAGGUGCCAAAUUCCCAAAGUGGAAAAGACAAUGUUGGGUUGUAUGUAAGUGUUGGGGUGACCCCCUAGGCAGGUCAGCAUUGGUCUACAUUGAUGGGAAGGUAGGGUAGGUCAUGGUGUGCCAGGAGAAUGUGCCUGAGCAUCUCUCUGGUGCAAACAAAAUGGGAGAUGGUUCUGCAGAUAGCUGAUGCCUUUAAGACAGGUAGGUGAUUGUUGUGCCAUUAGCUUUUCUCUUCUCUCAUUCCUAUCAGGGUUCUGUAUCCCUCUCUGAAAUUCAGAUAUAUAAACAGCGCGGAGGAUAGAGAGAAGGGCAUGGUGGCAGUGCACAUGACCUUUGGGUGUUUUCUCUGCUCUACAUUCUAUUCUAAGGACUGUUCAUAGCAUUAUACCAGGAUAGGAAGACCUCCAGAUGAAAAUUCUAAGGCACAACCCCUGCAGGGUUCAACAUUGUCCCAAAUAUGAAAACGUGCAAUUCUGAUGUCAUUCGAUUACCAUUACUUUUCAGUACUUUCAAACCACAAAUACAACUAAUUUUUUUCCAUUAAAGCCUUAGUUCAUUUUUUUCUUGCAGUACUUAUCACCUAUUGCAAGGGAGUAGGGAAGCCCAGAGGGGAGUAUCUCCACAUUGUCCACAGCUUUGGACAGAAAGCAGAAGCCAUGCUCUUCUCCCAAAGUAAGCUUAUACGUAACUCCUGUCUGGGUUCCCACCCAUUUGACUGGGUCUGUUUGUCAUUUUGGGGAGCUUUAGCACUUUCCCCAGUGAAUCAAAGUGACCCAGGUGUUUGCAAGCACUGAGUGGGGUGAUAUGAUCUCAGUGAUUCCAGUGAGGCUAAAGACCUGGCUACGGGUAACUGUCUAGGAGUGUGCACACAGUUAAGCAUCCAAGUCAGGGAACAGCCCAGUCAGCAUCCAGAGGUCUAUAAACCCCUGCUUUUUAUUAAGGGGAUGCUGAUAAGAAACUGGACCAGAAUAAAGCAAAGUUUAGGAGGCCUGGAAUUUCAUUUCUGCAAUGUUCUUUAAAACCAGGUUCUGUCAAAGAUCUGAAGUUGAAAAUACCUCAUGUGUCUUAUGGAGAGGCAUGGUGGUUGCACUGAUACUAUUCUAUGGUCAUUCCCAGCAGAAACCCAUCCAUAGUUAUGUGACUAGGCCCUGUGAUGAGGUCAUAUGUGUCUGGGUAAUUUGUGCACAUGUGUCAUUUUGUCACUUUCUUUUAAAAAAUUGAAAAUUCACUGAAUAUAUAUAACAUGAGUAUAAUGUAAUGCUUGACAGGCCAAGUAAAAUGCCUCCUUUAGUGUCCAUCCCUGCCUCAUUCUUUCUCCUAUACGUUCAGGUCACUAGGUUCUAAUGAUUGGAGUCAUUCUUGGUGAAUAAUGCUGGGCCAUGCUGCAAUAUUUGUGGCUGAGAGCUGGACCCUCGUCAUUGCCACGUAUUUUGUCACCGAGGCAGGGUAACCCAUGGUAACUAAGCUCGGAUCAGUGAAGGGGCAGAGAGCCUCCCCUCUCUCCUGCUCUAUAAAAGAGACCCAGGAAAGGACCCUAGCAGCCUCGAGCUCUCAGCGUGGGUGAAGGUGUGGGAAGAAACGCCUAAGGUCUCCGCAGCAGAGCGCACCAGCUGCAGAGACAAGGCCAGCAUGUCACCGAACUUCAAACUCCAGUGUCACUUCAUCUUGAUCCUCCUGACAGCUCUAAGGGGAGAGAGCCGCUACCUCGAGGUGCAAGAAGCCGCGGACUAUGACCCUUUCCUGCUCUUCAGCGCCAACCUGAAGCGGGACCUGGCCGGGGAGCAACCAUAUCGCCGGGCUCUGCGAUGCCUGGACAUGCUGAGCCUCCCUGGUCAGUUCACCUUCACCGCUGACCGGCCGCAGCUGAACUGCGCCGUCUUCUUCAUCGGGGAACCCGAGGAGUUCAUCACCAUCCACUACGAUCUGGUCUCCAUCGACUGCCAGGGUGGGGACUUCCUGAAGGUAUUUGAUGGCUGGAUCCUCAAGGGGGAGAAAUUCCCAAGUUCUCAGGAUCACCCUCUACCCAUCCUGAAGCGUUACACAGAUUUCUGUGAGAGUGGUCUUACCCGAAGGAGCAUCAGAUCUUCCCAGAAUGUGGCCAUGGUCUUCUUUCGGGUCCAUGAACCAGGAAAUGGUUUCACAUUAACCAUCAAGACAGACCCCAACCUCUUCCCUUGCAAUGUCAUCUCCCAGACCCCGAGUGGAAGGUUUACUCUGGUGGUCCCACAUCAGCACCAAAACUGCAGCUUCUCUAUCAUCUACCCUGUGGCAAUCAGAAUCUCUGAUCUCACCCUGGGACACUGGCAUGAUCUCCAGUUAAAGAAACCCACGGCUGGGUGUGGCGGGACUAGCGACUUCGUGGAGCUGCUGGGAGGAACUGGAUUGGACCCCUCCAAGAUGAUGCCAUUAGCCGACCUGUGCUCCCCCUUUCACGGCCCUGCCCAGAUGAAAAUCAGCUGUGACAACGCUGUGGUGCGCAUGGUCUCCAGUGGAAAACACAUUAACCGAGUGACAUUUGAGUAUCGUCAGCUGGAACCGUUCGAGCUAGAAACCUCUAAUGGAAAUAGCAUCCCGGAAUUCUGUUUGUCUAGUCUUUGAAUGACCCGUUCAGUGAUUGACAUGCUGCUAUCUGAGUGUUAUUGUAUAGUUAUUGACAGUUAUUGUAUAUGAUCUCGAUGGGCAGCCAGUGCAAAGCUUUUCAUGACAGUCUGACAGUCACUAUUCCAGGCCUUGAACACAUGCUUACAUGAGUUUCAAUUUUGCUUCCUUUUGUUAUAAAGUAUCAAUGAACAGAAGGUAGACAACAGGUUGGAGUUGGAAAUGCUUCGUGGUUUUGGUGUGCUGCAUACAUGAACGGGUGAAGCAAGAGCAAAGAAGUGAGGAAAACAGUUGUAUGGCAAGGGCAGAUGCCACAAAGAGAGGAAAAUGGCAGCCCUCCCAGUUUCAUGACAGAAUAAAAAAAUUGUCAAAGUCUUGGGCAUACCAAAGGAAUUGUAUCUGUUAUUUUUACUUCAUACUUCUGUUUACAAACUGUAGCUAUUAGUUAUUAAUUGGUAGUACUUGUUUUUUAAACAACACUUUAUAGCAUGGGAACAAAAUCUUUCCAUCCAUAAAUCCAAAUGUGAAUAAAAUAUGCGCAGAAUA